GUGAACGAUUUUGUGUUAGUGUAAGCUUAACUUUGAUUUAAGUGAACUAUUUUAUAACUAAAAGUUUUGCAAUGUCAGUGCUAAAUAACAUCAGUGUUUCUAUAAGUAAAGGAUUGAGACGUCUCCGGAAAUCGAAACACCUGAAUGGGGCCAUUCGCAGCGCCAGCACGGAGCCCCCUAAGCUACAUAUGGACAAAUGCCUCAUAGUGUCUAAGGUCACCCGCUACGAGUAUGAGAAACACAGUCUCGACAACAUAUCCGACGCUGAAUUGGAAGUUGUUCUUCGGAAAAGAGGGUCAGACUUCGACGCCUUGCUGCAGAACCAUAGAGAACAGAAGGCUUUCGAGCAAAGUGUGGCCAGGAGUCUCACGGAGAUGGGGCGCAAAGUAGAAAUGGCUAGCAGAUUGACGUACAACGAGGAUCUGAUAAAAUGGUGCGACGUUGUCGUCCCGUGCGGCGGAGACGGCACCUUCCUUCUAGCAGCUUCUAGAGUAAGAGAUGCUAACAAGCCGGUGAUCGGGUUCAACAGCGCGCCGCAUAAGUCCGUCGGGCGGCUUUGCCUGCCCACCUGGUGCUCGAACGAUGUCAAAGGUGCGCUCCACGCUUUGAAGGAGGGCCGGUUCAGAUGGAUGCGGCGAUCGCGGAUACGAACGACUGUCACCUGCGAAGCUAAACUAUUGGACACUAUCACACCAGUUGAUCUACAUACGCUACAUUAUAGCAGGUACUCAGCCGUGUCCCAGGCCCUGGACAACCCGGAAAACCCUCAAUCAUCAGCUCCCCACCGGGAGCAGUUCACCACAGCGCAGAGGAAUUCGGUGCUGCACACCAAAGUGCUGCCGUUUCUGGCCCUCAACGAGGUGUUCAUAGGCGAGAGCGUGACGUCGCGAGUGUCGUUGCUCCGGCUUCAGAUAGACAAGGGCGCGUGGACGCACACGAAGAGCUCGGGGCUGUGUGUGAGCACGGGCACGGGCAGCACGUCGUGGCAUUACAGUAUAAACUGCCUCCGCACCCACUCUGUGCUGGAGGUGAUGAGUAUCCUCUGCAGGGAGGGCGUCGCGGUCGACACCACGCUCGAGAAGGCGAGGGAGGUCGCCGAGAAAUACAACCAGAAACUCAUGUUCGCCGCCGACUGUGACAAGCUGGCCUACUCCGUCCGAGAAUACAUAACGUUUGAGGAUUGGCCGGUGCCAAGAGGCCUUCGGGUUCGCGACCGCGCCGACACAGUACGGGUGAAGUCACACUGCGUCGAUGCUGGUCUGGUGAUCGACGGGAGCGUCUCGUUUCCUUUCAACGACGGCACGGAAGCCCUACUCGAGAUACACCCCGAAGACGCCCUUAUGACUGUACACAUGGAUGAUUCGUUGCCAUAUUAA